GAAUUUUCACGAACCACCGCAGUUUCCUGAAAGCACAACGUGGUUUGAGGAGAGGCUGUAAGACACACGGUUGUGUAGAUCGAAAUAUUUGACAAAACACAUAUUAAAAUAUGACAGAAGGUAAGUCGUCAAUAAAGUCGCAAAAAAGCCUGCUUGCUUUGAAUCCAGAAGAAGAUGCAGAGUUUCAGAAGAAGAUUCGGCAAGUGAAGGGUCGUCCCAAAACGGCCCAGUCUAUGACUCCUGGAGUGCUUUAUGUGGCUCAUCUUCCACGAGGAUUGUUCGAGCCUCAAUUGAAAGCUUACUUUAAGCAGUUUGGCACCGUCUUACGAGUAAGAGUUUCCAGGAGUAAGAAGACUGGAGGGACCAAGGGAUAUGGAUUUGUGGAGUUUGAAUGUGAUGAGGUGGCUAAGAUUGUCGCUGAAACUAUGAACAACUAUCUUAUGAGAGAAAGACUCAUAAAGUGUGAAUUGAUACCACCCGAGAAGGUCCAUGAAAAGCUCUUUGCGGGUUCACAAGCAGGCUUCAAGAAGCCAAAACAUCCCGCGGUGACUCGAUAUAACAGAACACAUGAGCCAGAUGCCAUGAAGAAACUUACUGCAAAGCUCUUGAGGAAAGAGUCUAAGCUACGCAAGAGACUGGCAGCAAAGGGCAUCGACUAUGAUUUCCCAGGAUUUUCAGCCCAGGUUCCUGAUAAAAAAGUCAAAUCUGAUCCAGAUGUUUCAGUUUGCAGUGAGGAUGUCACACCAGUGUGUACCCCAUCACUGCUGGAGAGGAGGAAGUCCAUCAAAGUUGAAGAGGAUGAUGAAGAGAUUGUCAUCAAACCAGUCCCGGAAAACUUCGAUGAUAUUGAAGAUAGCGAGGAAGACUCUGAUGAGUGUGAAGAGGAGGACGCACCGUAAAAAGACCUAAUAAAACCAAUGAACUCAAAACCCUGUUUGAAAAGGGUCAAUGGACACUUGUUUUCCAAGGCACUUUAUAUGACUAGUGCUCAGUCCUUCCCUAUAGCAGGAGAAGAGGAAUACACACACAUUACCCUGGCUAAUAUUGUUGCAUGAUUUGGGGAAGUGCCUCAAUAUUUAUGCAUUGUUUUGAUCUGAGAUGUUUUAGGGGUACAGUGUGGUCUUUCCGAGGCUGUACCCAAUGAAAUGACUGUGUCAUACACAAAUUAUAUGUGUAAAGCUUAUUUGAAAGUGAGUUUGGAGCAGUUAACAGAACAGUUUUUGUAUGACUGUAUGUAUUUUGUAUAGUACUAUGUUCAGACAUUUUGCAAUAUUGUUAAAUCGAGUGAUUAAACCAGAAAUUGACGUAAAACAAAUAUAUCAUC